CGCAUGCGCGAGGGCAACCGGUUGGCGUGACCGCCGAGAGCAGCUAAAGGACACACUCACUUCCCGCGGGCGGCCGAGCCGAGCGGGAUCGAAGCGAAGACGAUCCUCGCACUCUGAGAGACGGGCAAUGGCGGCGACCACCACCUCCCUCCUCGGCAUCCUGCUGCUGUUCUUCCUCGACUGCGCCAGCGCAUACACCGCUGGUUUUAUAAAGGCACCGCUGUCUGAUGUGAAGCUAAUUGAAGACAGUAUAGAAUUGCACUGUGAUGCAAUUGGAAAGCCCACUCCUGAAAUUCAGUGGUGGGCUGUAGAGGGAAAUGACACUGAAGUCAUGUCACAGCUCUAUGAUGGUGCACGACAACAGCGGGUCAACAUCAACUUCAUCUAUGACCUUGAUGCCAAGAGCACCAUCAGCAUCAUGAAUCUAAACAUCGAAGACACUGGCAGAUAUGAAUGCAGAGCCAGUAAUGAUCCCUACCGCAAUGAUUUAAAAAUGAUCCCACAAGUCAAGUGGAUAUGUUCUCAGGCAACAGUAAUUGUCAUUGAACACCCGACAAUUGUCAAGGAUCCACGAAUCUUGGAACCUGGUGAAAAUAUAAACAUUCUACGCUGCAACCUGACAGAUCCACCAUCUCCUAUUGAGGGUCAUGUGUGGAAAAAAGAUGAUGUGGAAAUCCCAGCAACGAGGGAUUCAAAUUCAUCGCCAUUCAUGGAAUACAAACUAGAUGCUGUUGAUGCAAAACAUUCAGGGGAGUACACUUGCCAUUUCUUCACAACGCCUGCUGUCAAUGAUACCAUCUUUGUGAAAGCUCCACCUGGUGUGAACGCUGAGAAGAAAUCCGAACAUGGAAACGAGGGAGAUUAUGGGGUAUUGAUAUGCCGGAGCACUGGCUUUCCAUCGGUUGAGAACUGGUCAUGGUCCCGGCAGACCAAAGCUGGUAUUGAGCUUAUUGUCAAUGGAACAAAAAACUUUCACAUCAAGAACAUGGGAAAUAAGACUGAGUUGCGCAUCUCACAGCUGGGUAUUGAGCAAGACCAAGGAGAAUAUUUCUGCAACGCAACCAAUGAAAUAGGUGCAAGAGUUGAGACUAUUCAUCUUCGAGUUCGUGGCCGUUACGCUGCUGUUUGGCCUUUCUUGGGAAUUGUUGCUGAGGUGAUUGUGCUUGUCGCAAUUAUCUUCAUUUAUGAGAAAAGGAGAAAGCCUGAUGAAAUUUCAGAUGAUGAUGAACAAGGAUCUGCUCCUUUGAAAAGUAAUUCAUCCACAAAUCAUAAGGAUCAAAAUAUCAGGCAGCGCAACUCCAACUGAAUUGAUUCGUCCUUCAUGACAGGAGACCUACACAACUUUAAGCAAGACUGCAAAAUGGAUGGGGUUUCCCGUUGGCAUAGAGAAUGCCACCUUCAACAUGAUUCAAGUAUUUGAUCUAUUCACAGAUCCUAAAGCAAUUGGAUCUACAAAAAAACAAUAAUUUAAUUGCUGGUGCCUUUCAACAACAGUGUAAUGUCAUUGGCACCAGCAGUCACUCAGUUAAAGGAACCUGUAAAGUUUCUGGCCAAUCUUGCCUGUAUAAACUGGACUAAAAUGUUCUUGGUAAACAAUUUGCUUUUUCUUAACUAUUAGAUUGAAACCGGUGUGUUCUGUCAAACAUAAGCGGUAAUUUAAUAUUUAUCAUCCUGCUUUAUUUACAGAUUAGCAUAAUUAUUGUGGUUGGAAUUUGUAAAUACAAAUAUUUCACUCUUAAUUUAUCACAUGUAGGUCAACAGUUAUGAUGCAGUCUCAUUUUUCUCAUAUUUUUAAUCUUGCAUGUUUAAAUUUACAAAUUGGCUUUUGACGUACAUAAUGUGAGGGUAGUGUUAUAGACUCGGUUGAUGUGUACCCAAGAAAGUGGUGAUUUGCACAGUGUAUGGUUAAAUUCAAUGUUUGGAUGUGUGGAAUAGAGAAGUAUUUUGUUAGCUUCCAUGUUGAGCUCAUUGGAAAGUGAUGGGAUAAAACCCUAGUCUAUCCAAUUUACAUUUUAAUGGGUAUCAUGGAAAUAAGAUGAAACUGCCAUUUUCUGAUGGUCAGAUAGAAUGUUAGUUAAAAUUAAUACAAUAAUUUUUUUUCUGGUGUUGUUCAGUUGCUGAUUUCAUGCCACCUGUAUAAUUUUAUACUUGGGAUCCUACUCAAUGAGGGCAGCAAUUCACAAAUAUACUUUGAGGUUUAAUGACAAAGCGGUCGAAUACCAAUUUUAUACUGUGCUGUAAGUGUAUGUUCAGUGGAACCUGUUGGUCAAUAUUUUAGUGCCCUUGUCGGUAAUUUGAGAAAAUUAUUGUUUAUACAGCUCUAAUAAAGAAAUAAAAUCUAGAUUGCUACCACUUUGGUUCAAAGAAUCAGAUUACACCAAGUUGGCCUGAAUCUAAUCUGCUAGAGCCAUCUAAUUUGAUUUUGUUCAAACAAUGACUGGGAUUCCCAGACUUGCAAGCUUUCACCAACUGGGUUUUCUGUUGACAAUUCAUGCUGUAAUGAGGGUUUAAAAAUGUUAAGCAUACUUGAGUUUGCUCAUGCUCCAUUAUUCACAUCAAUAUUUUUCUACUUCUCAGUAUUACGGAUAAGAUUGCGCAUGAACUGUGGUCUUUAAUUGUAUUUUCUUGCUUGGUGGACAGCAAUUUCAAGUUUGCUGCAGGUGAAUAUAUUUAUAGCACAGUGUAUUACUACUGUACUGUUAGUGCCAUUGUUGUUGGAGUUUAAUUUGCCAAUAUAUUUGCUGCCUCUUUGUCCAGGAAAGAAAAGGCCCAAUUAACAUGGUGUUUUUUUGUUGUUUGUGGUGUCUACCUGUUAUAACCUUAAAUGUUCCCCUGCAGGAUCAGCUCAUCAGAGCUUGAAAUAUGUUGGCCUUGGACACACUGCAUGUUAAUGUUAUGUUCUGUGAUUUUUGGGAAAUCAAUAAAAUUGCUUUUGCAGUUGGUGAAGUCCUCAGUUCAAAAUUAAUGGAAAUGUAAGUGAUUUGAAAAUGUAUGGGUUUUUUAAUGAGUUUGCAGUAUUUGGCAAUUAUACUAUUAAUUGUACUAUGUUUUUUUUCCUGCUAAAUCUUUAUUGCUGAAGAAUAAUUCUUUAAAUUUAAAUUAGAUUACUUUUUCAAAUUCAUUUUACCACACUGCCUCAACGGUAUGCAAUGCCUGUCAGAAGUUACAUCAUUAAAAUUCUUUGUAAAUUGUAAA